AGGUGGGCGCGGUUAGCGUCUGUUCCAGAACACUGAUUCGAGAUCAGUUUUUCUCAAAGUCAAGGCCGCAUUUUCAGUGUUUGCGGUUCGUAUUGAAGUUGGGUAGGCUGAUCUUGGAUCAGUUGCUCAGGGCAAAAUACAUGCCGCGCAAGCAGUGUUGUCAUGGCGGCGUUUUAAACUGAACGUUGGGGAAGUUUACCUAGUAAUCACAAGCUAGCAAGCGGCCGCAAGUUUUAAUGUAGCUAUUGACCUAUCUAGCUAUAUACAUUACUGAAGUAAUAAACUUUCAUUCUCUGCUAAAUUCCUAUUUAAUUGCGUAUUAGCUUUAUAUUUUAAAAGAGCUAACUGUCCAUGCUAGCUAGUAAAGUAAGUUAACGUUGUAUUAGCUCGUUUUACUUGGCUAGACUAACUAACAGGCUGAGGGAGAUUUUUCCUCUCAGUAUGUUUGCUUGCCAACAAACAAUUGUGCAAUGUCUGACAAGAGGAUGCCUUGCAAAUAAGCUAAUUUAGGCGGUAAGCUAGGGUCCUAGCAACAGGGUGAAUUAAAUGUUUCGUAGCUGCUGGCUAGUAAGCUAUGAUAACUAAAAUUACCUAGCUAGCUAGCUAGCGAUAAGGUAUGUAUUUGGACGAAUGUUAAAUAUUACAUCAACGGUAAUUGCCGUUUCUUCAGUAUUUCUUCACGUAAGGCACAAUAGCGAACAGGUAGCUAACUAAGACAGAAACAUGACUGGCAAGUUUCGGAUACGAUCCCAGCUGACCUGCGUUGAUGAGCUGGGCCAUUUAAAUGGCUCUUGGGUCGCCUCUGGUUCGGCUCAGACUCGGAAUGAGGGAUAUCCACAGACUCAGUUGCUCUUUAACAAGGCCCUGCCAGCCAGUACCUCGAACCGCGUGACCCAUGUGAACCCCCCGGCGCCCAUUGUAAUCGAGAAGCUGGUCACGGGGCGUACGUCGCAGAACGGCAGCGACAGCGUCCGUAGCUCGCUCUGCUUCUCCGCCCUGUCAGAGGAGCGGCUGCAGGCGGCAGUCAGGCUGGCCCGGAGGGACCUGCAGCGGAGACGGCAGGAGUCCAUCCUGGGCUCCCCCCCGCAACAGACACCCCAGGGCGCAGACCACCGCAAGCUGAAUAAAGCUGUUAGUGCAGGAGGUGCAGCAGGCCCAAAGGGGACCCGGUCUGGAGCCCAGGUUCUGCUGUACACGCCGCAGAAGCUUCCCUUACCUCCCGGCACUGAGCUCGGCCUGUCCCCCCCGACCCGAGACUCAGGCCCUCAGCCCAAAGCCUCUGGCCAGGAGGCCAAGCUCAGUCAAGAGAUCUGCAGGCUGCAGAAAGAACUGGGGACCUACAUUCAGAGGAUUGAACAGCUGGCUAACAGAGGACAGCAUGUGGAGGAGCGAUUGGACCCAGAUGAGGAGCGUCGGGUGGAGAUCCGCAGACAGGAGCAGGCAGCCCGCUCUGCUCGUAUUAUAUAUGUGCUCCAGCAACAGGUGAAAGGGAUUCAAGAAGAUUUAGACAAGCUGCGCUCACAGAAGAUAAAGCAUACAAAAAAGUCCAGAGCAGUGGACAGGCUAGCCGCGGCUCACAGAGGGGCCGUCCGAGCCAUACAGGUCUUCAUCAGUCAGCUACCCGACCAAUCGGAGAGGAAGAUGCCGUCCCAUUACAGGGAGCUGGGGCAGCUGAUUCGCCAGCUGUCUCUGUGUUCGGCCAAGGUGGAGGCGGGGCUGGGGUCCUCCGUUCCCGAGACGGCUAUCGACAUCCUGCAGAAAGUGGAGGCCCUGGACUCUGCCCUCACUAAGCAGGAGAGAGGGAGGCCCAAAGAGCCGAGGGCGAGCAGCAGCUCUCCAGCGAGGCGCAGGUCCCCUGGGGGCCGACAGCACAGCGCCUCCCCUCCCCGAGCGCCGAGAGCGUCAGCCGCCAGGGGCCCCGCCGGGCCCCGCAGACCCGCCGCUCUUAAAAAGAAUCUGCCAGACAGGAGAUUGCCAGCAGCCUGGCCUGACGGUCCUCUGAACCGAGAUGAGGUGCUGAGGGCGGGGCUGGACAGACUCAUUCGUGCCCGAGGACUCGGGGGCGGGGCUCCCAGGAGUCACAGAGGCCCUCCGCAGCCUGAGAAGCCCAAGAUCUCGCCUCUGAAGAAGCGCACGCCCUUGAACGACGGAAGGGUGCAGAAACCAACGGUCUCGUCCCGUCUGAAGGAGGCCCAGAUGCAGCAGAAAGACGCCUCCAUCCCCUGGAUACCCACAUCUCCACACGCCUCUCCUCCACAGCUAGCCCAGCCCCAGCCCAGGAGCAUGGAGCCCCGGUGUCUGUUCUCCCAGCUGAAGCAGUCUGCGGGCCAGGGGGAGCAGCGAGGCCCCCCCAGCCCCCCCAGCGCCCCCGGGGCCCGGGGCCUGGACGCGGAGCAGAGGAGAGAAGCGCACAGUGAAGCUGUCCGGCAGGCGUGGGUGGAUAAGGAGACCACGCGCAGGCUGAGGGAGCUGGGCCAGCUCAGUAAGGAGGAGUCCGAGCGGAUCGGCAGACUCAGGGAAGAGGUGGGCUCCCCGACACUCUGGGCACAGAGAGCAGAGAGUGAAGCUCGUGACAGACUUCAGCCUCUGCUGACUCAGGCACAGCAGAUCCGGGAGUCCUGGGACAGAAAGGCUGGAUCACUGAGGCAUCGGCUGUGUGAACAGGCUACUGAUAGAGCCGCAGUGAGCGCAGAGCUGCUGAGCGAGGCCAUACUGGAGGAUGUGCUGGAGGACACGGCUCAGGCCCUGUGGGCUGCAGAGAGGAGCAGGGACCUGGAGCAGGGAGCUCUACAGCUGCUGCAGGCCCCUACACUGGAGAGCAUGCUCCUUAGGAUGGAGGAGAUGGAGAAAGACCAGGAGGUGGUGCGUCUGCGCUUAGCCGGCAUUUCAUACUCCAACCUUCUGUUCAGCGCAAAGGAUGAUGGGACAGCUCCAGACCCCAGGCCGUCCUCCCCCCGGCCCCUGCGUCUCACCAGGCCGGCCCUGCGGGGCGGGACUGCUGCCGACAUUGUGCUGGAGGGCCCUGUGGAGGCCGGGGCUGCUUUUGAGUCCUCUCUGAGUGAGGACACCUCCCCCUUGCCAAGCCCUACUAAAGCAGCGGACCCACCCACAGUAGAGAGAGGCGGAGCCAUCCCACUGUCCCUGCCAGUCAGCAUGCAGAGAAGCAUGCUGGCGUACAGGCAGGAUUUUGAGUCAUACCUGCGUCUGGUGUCUCACGAAGCUGUGGGCAGUUUCAAUCCCUGGGCCAUCGCUGACAGGAUCAACAGUGCAUCAAACGCAUCACCUCUGCUGUAUGUUGUGUCCUCAUUAUCUCCCAAUCCUGUCAGUCAUAACCUUUGGCAAUUGGCAAUCCUGAUAAGCUUGUUUUACAUUAAUCAUUAGCCUGAGCUAAUUUGAUCCCCAUAUCAUUGUGCAACAAACAAAUAAAAGUAAUAAAAGUUUCAACAUUAUCACGAACCUCAUAUUUUAAAUUAAAAAUGAAAAUGUUCAAUAGUAAAAAAUGUUCAUUUUUAUCUGAAAAAUAACUUAUGCAGCUGCAUAAUAUUAUCUGCCUGGUGACUCUCUUGUAUGUCCCCCACAAUGUGUACUGCACAGGUAAAACCAAUAUGUCCCAGGUUAAAAUGCAUACUGUACAGUUGGGACCAAUAUGUCUCAGGUUAAAAUGCAUACUGUACAGUUGGGACCAAUAUGUCUCAGGUUAAAAUGCAUACUGUACUGUUGGGACCAAUAUGUCUCAGGUUAAAAUGCAUACUGUACAGUUGGGACCAAUAUGUCUCAGGAUAAAAUGCAUACUGCACAGUUGGGACCAAUAUGUCCCAGGUUAAAGUGUGUACUGCACAGUUGGGACCUGUAUGUCCCAGGUUAAAACAUGUAUUGCCUAUUGUAUUUUAGUGACUGUCAUGGAGGGAAGCUGCUAGCGUGCCUUAUGGUGAAUUGCAGUAUUUGUGUGAUCUUCUAUGUCUCUUUCAUAUUGGUAUUGGUCUCCACAGUAACGUUUUCAGUCUUUUUGGUGCAUUUACGUGCAUUCACACAGUACAGCCUCUGCUGCAGCAGAUUAUUCUCAGAGCUGUCACUUGAGAUUGCCCAUGAUGUCACUCCCACCAACCAUGCUGUGCAUUGGAAUUGGGUUUCAUUUCAAAUGAUCUCAGUUCAGUGCAUCAAAGAAGCCUAUGUGAGAUUCCUGAGAGUCUGCAGCUUCUUGUUCUGCUGCUUUAAUGCCUAGCCUAGCAGCCUUUAUGCAGAUUUUAAGGGGUGUCAUGGCAACAGUGGCGCGGCAGUCGUAUUCUAUUGUUGCGUUACCCUUCAUACGUCCAGAGUUUGGCAAAUUGGGAAGUUUCCCCUGUGUCAGCCGUCCACUAAUAAGGGCAACUACAGUGUGGAUUGCCAGUAUAACCCGUGGGAGGUUUAUUAGUGCAUACAAACAGCAGUAAGGUGACCUUAGAUAGGCCUCUGGGAGACUGUUUAAAAUGGCAUGAAGAGAUCACACUAACUAGAAACCCUUGCAUGUUUACUAGCCUACCUGACUGUCCUAAACUCUCAGAACAUUAAACAACAACAAAAAAUUUUUUUUGGUGCAGUUUCCCAGUUAUGAAAAAACAAUGGCAAAUGCCUAAAUGUUCUGGAAAAUAAUGAAUUGUACUAUUAAAUUUUUCUAGUGUGAGGUUAUCGGCCAAAAGUACAGCAGACUGGAGCUGGUGAGGACUGUAGAGGCUGAGAAGUCUCUGGGUUAAUGCUUUGGUGUGUCUAGCUUUGAACCUUUCUCUGAAAGUUAACUUUAGCAGGUGAGCAGGUUAGGAUUUUGGGAAUAAGAUCCCCAUCACUUGGGUGGAGGCCCUUUUAUGUUGCACCUAGAUGAGCCCCUGACUGACUGCAGCUGGUGGUGAGUAUAGAGGACAGCUGGCUUCUGCUGAACUACUGCUGCAAUCACUGUGGCACUGGCAGUGCUCAACCAUGCUGGGCCGCUGUCCAUGGUGCUGAACCACCUUGGGCCACUUCGUGGUGGUGAAUCCCUUUUGGACACUGUCCAUGGUGCUGAUUGUGGAACAUGGGAGAUACUGAGAGAUAAGUGGGGUGGGGUGGGCCUGGGCAGGGUAGAGCAGAGUAAGCACUCCAUACACCCCAGUGGAAACUAAAAGGAUUUGACUGGCCUCAGGAAAUUCCAUAAAUGGGCCAAAGGAAAGGCUUUUAGAGUAGUUUUCUUCUCUCUGGUGUCAGUGAAACACACUGCUUAAAUUGGCUGUAAAAUAAGCUUUCUCCCAGAGGGGUGAGCUUCCUCUACACCUGCCUUAUUACUCUGAACAUAUGGCAAGAGAGAGCGAAUCUCUCUCAAAUACUCUUCUAGACUGUUACUACUGUCUGUUUAGUAAGGAUCUCUGUACCUAUCUGUCUGUUUGUCAUACUGGUCUCUAUCUCUUUGUUUCUGUUUCCUCUCUUUGCAUCACACUGUCCCUCUGUCUGUCUGUCCCUCUGAGGUCUGUCUCUGUGUCCCACUGAUCUGUCUCUGUCACUCUGUCCUGCUGAUCUGUCUCUCUGUCCCUCUGUCCCUCAGUCUGGCAGAAGAGCUGAUGGACGAGGCGCUUUCUGACGUUGCUGCAGAGUUCCAGGACGUGUGUGAGGAGUAUGCCGAGGCCGUCUUCACCUCCGAGUUCCUGCAGCCCCUCCAAUCGCCUGUCACUUCCCACUCAGCCAAGG